CUUAAUUAACUUUUUUGACAUAGCACGUGAGUAGACAAUUUUUCCAAACAAAAAAUAGAAGAGCUUCCACCACUUAAAGAAACAGGAGGUUACUUUUGCGGAUUUCUACUACGGACAACUAGCUCUGUCAGAAUGUCACAAAUGCGAUUCUUCCUUGUUGCGCUGCUUCUUGCUUCCCAAGAUCUGUUUUUAGCAGGAGUGUACUCAUCGACGAAAUUGAUGUUCACGAACAAGUGCGAACAAACGAUUUGGCCGGGCAUUUUGUCGAACGCCGGUGUUGCACCGCUGGAUAUCACCGGGUUUUCGUUGGAGAGGGGCGAAUCGAAGACGAUCAGUGCUCCGUCGAGCUGGGGAGGUCGGUUAUGGGGUAGGACCCAAUGCACCGAAGAUUCCGCCGGGCAAUUCAGCUGCGUCACAGGCGAUUGCGGGUCGGGGAAGGAGGAAUGCGCCGGCGGAAACGCCGCCCCCCCGGCUACGCUGGCGGAGUUCACCCUGGAUGGGAGCGGAGGGAUGGACUUCUAUGACGUGAGCCUAGUGGACGGCUACAACCUGCCGAUGCUGGUGGUCCCGCAGGGCGGAUCUGGGGCGAACUGCUCGGCGACGGGAUGCCGGGUGGACGUGAACGGACUCUGCCCGUCGGCGCUGAAGGUGACGAGCUCGGAGGGAGAUAUGGUGGCGUGUAAGAGCGCGUGUGAGGCUUUCGGCGACCCGGAGUACUGUUGCAGCGGCGCGUUCGGCACACCCGACGCUUGCAAGCCGUCGAGUUACUCGAUGAUGUUCAAAGGGGCUUGCCCGAGCGCGUACAGUUACGCGUACGACGAUAGGACCAGCACCUUCACCUGUUCCGGCGCGCCAGAUUAUGUAAUUACCUUCUGUCCAUCUCCCAACACCAGGUUAGGUUCAU